UGCCGCCCCGCGGGUGCCGCAGGAGGGCCCGCGCCGGCCCCGCGCCCGCUCUCCAUGCUGCGCUGGCUGAUCGGCGGCGGCCGGGAGCCGCAGGGCUUGGCCGAGAAAUCCUCUGUACAGACAAUUGGUGAAGAACAAAUACAGAAUCCUUACACGGAGCUCCUUGUGUUGAAAGGUCAUCAAGAUAUAGUACGAUUUCUAGUGCAAAUAGAUGAUUGCAGGUUUGCAUCUGCAGGAGAUGAUGGAAUCAUAUUUCUGUGGAAUGCUGAGACUGGAGAAAAACUUCAUGAACUUCAUGGGCACACACACAAAAUUACAGCUAUAGCACCAUUUUCUUCAUCAGAUGUUGCUGAAGAAAAAACUAAUUUGGUUAUAACAGCAUCAGCUGAUAGAACUGUUAUUGUUUGGGACUGCACUAGUGGCAGACAGGUUCAAAAAGUGUCAUGUUUCCAUUCUACUGUAAAGUGUUUGAUAGUUCUUCAAAGACUCAAUGUAUGGUUGUCUGGAGGGAGUGAUCUAUGUGUUUGGAACCAAAAAUUAGAUCUCUUGUGUAAGACCAGUCAUCUUACUGAUGCAGGCAUCAGUGCUUUGGUUGAAUUGCCCAAAAAUUGUGUUGCAGCAGCAGUUGGCAAAGAGCUGAUAAUUUUUAGGCUGAGUGCUUCUAACAAUGGGUCUGAAGGUUGGAAUAUCCUUGAAGUAAAGCGCCUUGUUGACCAUCAGGAUAACAUUUCAUCAUUAGUCAGUGUUAAUGAUUUGGCUUUUGUGACAGGUUCUCAUAUAGGUGAGUUAAUAGUUUGGGAUGCGCUUGACUGGACAAAGCUGGCAUCUGAGUGCAACUUCUGGGACUCCUCUGUCCAUCCAGAUGUACAACCAGAAAUAAAGUUAUCCCAGAGCCCACAUGAAACUUCAGUUCAACACUUAACAUCUGAUGAGGAGUGUGUGUUUGCUGCUGUUGGGAAAGGCAUAUUCGUAUAUAAUCUUCAAAUGAAGCGUGUGAUUGCCUGCCAGAGAACUGCUCAUGACUCCUCUGUGCUGCACAUUGAGAAGCUUCCAAACAGGCAGCUGAUCUCCUGUUCAGAAGAUGGCAGUGUGCGCAUUUGGGAACUCAGAGAAAAGCAGCGGCUGCCAGCUGAACCAGUUCCAACAGGGUUUUUCAACAUGUGGGGAUUUGGAAGGACAAACAAGCAGGCAAACCAAGCUGCUAAGAAGAUGCAGGAGAAUACACCUGUGUAUUUCUUGGAGCUGGUUGGUGAUUUGAUUGGUCAUUCAUCAGCUGUGCAGAUGUUCCUGUACUUUGGUGAACUGGGAUUGGCUACAUGCUCUGCUGACCACCUCAUUAUUUUGUGGAAGGAUGGUGAACGAGAAUCUAGCCUCCGCAGUUUAACACUAUUUAAAAAAUUGGCACAGAAUGGUGAUUUGCAGCUCAAACUUUAAAUUGUUUGAAUACAGGCUGUAUAUAUGUAAACUGGAUGUGUUUUAAAUAUGAGUGUAAAGAAUCUGGGAGUCUGACUUCUAGUAGAGCUUACACUUAAUGUCAUAUGUUAUAUUGGAACUUCUCUUAGUUGCUACUCUUCUCAAAGGGGGAUUUUGCGUUUUGCUACACUCUGUCAGCAGAAAUGGUGUUCUCUUGAAAGACUGAAGGUAAUAAUGACUCAUUAAAUAGUUUCUAGUAUUAUUCCAAAUGUUUAAAAUUAUCAUGAGUGAAUGUCAAAAUUAAGAAUGGUGAAAUACAGUAGAUGGAUCAUAAUUAAAGCAGUUGAGGGCAUCCACAGUGCUAUGUGCAGGAAGAAGGCACGGGAAGAAAUCUGCAGCUUCCUGCUCUAAUUUAUUUCUAUAAGCUGAACUUUCCUCACUGAUGGCUCAGAUUUGUGUGUAUACAGAAAGCCCUGAAAGAAAGCAUUCUUAAAUAGAAAUUUUGCACUUGAAAUUAAUAUCCUGCAUCAAUGGUAAGGAAAACAAAAAGGUAGGUAAUGCCAGUUUGUCAGAUUCUAAUUUUUGGCAAACUGAGGCAGAAACUGUUUACUAGUAGUAGCUGAAGUUUCACUUGGGUUAGCCUACAUUACUGGACUUUAUACAGCAUUACCAUUACACCAUUACCAAGUUUAGCAUGCAGUGUGAUUAGUUUAGCUUAGUCUUUCCAUAGUGCAUUCAUCAACUUAAAUUGUAUCUAAUAAAAAGCAUUUGCCUUACCAUGAA